AUGUGGAACAAAGGUAGAUUAUUACUGCUGAACAGAGGAUACAUAACUUUUCGACAUUUUACGAGCCAAGUGAAAGUAUAUGACAACCUGAAAAUUAUCGAAAGCAAAAGUUUGUAUGAAGACAAAAAUACGAAAAUUAGUAUUCGGGAGUCGUCGAAAUAUGCCAUCCCUAUACCACAGUGCGAUCGUUCCUUAAUCAGCUCCGUUAUAUAUAAGGUUUUCCUAAAGCAUACUGAAUAUGGAGAAUGUGCAUGGAGACUAAUCCACCUAAUUAUGGAAAGGCUGGAAAAUGAAGAGAUCCUGAAGAUGUUUCGGAUUGAGGAAUCCUUUAAUAUGAAGAUGUAUUUUUACAUUUUACAUUUAUGGCUAAUUAACAAGAGAUUAAGACAUGAGCAGUACCAGGGCGAGAUAAUUAACACAUACAUUUUUGACAUUACGUGGAGAAUUGUGCGUGACUGGAUGCUUUUGAAGGAUGUCCCCGAGUAUUGUUUCAACACGGAGCUUUUGAAUUGCCAGGAGUACGCCUUCGGGUUCCUGGUGUCCUUAGACCAGGCCGCCACUAGCGUGGACAUUUUUCCUUCCCUCCUAAAGGAUAUAUUGUGGGAGCAUCUUUAUGAAAAAAAAGUGAAGAAAAGCGGAAACAUAGUUACAGAGUUGAGUAAAUAUAGCGUUCUUCAAAUGAGGCACAUUUUUAAUCUAUCAAGUGAUCAUUUUCUGCAGGCAUACUUUAUCUGGGCUGAUUUUUAUAACCAGAAAAAAUCCAAUCGCCGUUUGCCCGCCCUGUGUCAACAGAUAUCUUAUGGAGGUUACCGUCCAAAGGACAAAAAUAAAUAUCUCCCCUACGAUGAUGGAAAGAAGCUAUUACCAAGAACUUACUAG